AUGAACCGCAGCCACCGGCACGGCGCGGGCAGCGGCUGCCUGGGCACCAUGGAGGUGAAGAGCAAGUUUGGAGCUGAAUUUCGUCGUUUUUCACUGGAAAGAUCAAAACCUGGAAAGUUUGAGGAGUUUUACGGAUUACUGCAACAUGUUCACAAGAUUCCUAACGUUGAUGUCUUGGUGGGCUACGCGGACAUCCACGGAGACCUGCUGCCCAUCAAUAACGACGACAAUUAUCACAAGGCGGUCUCCACAGCCAACCCCCUGCUGAGGAUUUUCAUACAGAAAAAGGAAGAAGCAGACUACAGUGCCUUUGGUACAGACACACUAAUCAAGAAGAAGAAUGUUUUAACCAACGUCUUACGUCCUGACAACCAUAGAAAGAAGCCACACAUAGUCAUUAGCAUGCCCCAAGACUUCAGACCCGUGUCCUCCAUCAUUGACGUGGAUAUCCUGCCGGAGACACACCGCAGGGUUCGCCUGUACAAGUACGGCACGGAGAAACCUCUGGGCUUCUACAUCCGGGACGGCUCCAGCGUCCGCGUGACUCCACACGGCCUGGAGAAGGUGCCGGGUAUCUUCAUCUCCCGACUCGUCCCAGGAGGGCUAGCCCAAAGCACAGGACUUCUAGCUGUCAACGACGAGGUUCUAGAAGUCAAUGGCAUAGAAGUUUCUGGGAAGAGCCUGGACCAGGUCACAGACAUGAUGAUCGCCAACAGCCGCAAUCUCAUCAUCACCGUGAGGCCUGCAAACCAGAGGAACAACGUGGUCAGGAACAGUCGGACUUCCGGCAGCUCUGGCCAGUCCACCGAUAACAGCCUCACUGGCCACCCGCAGCCGAGCGAGCCCAGCUUUGAGCCCGAGGACGAAGACAGCGACGAAGACGACAUCGUCAUCGAAGACAAUGGGACACCACAGCAGAUUCCAAAAGCCACUCCCCACGCCACUGAGAGCCUGGAGUCUCUGGCACAGAUAGAACUCAGCUUUGAGACUGGGCAGAAUGGGUUUAUUCCUUCUGCUGAGAUGAACUUGGCAUCUGUAGCAAGUGGCACCAACACGGCAACACGCAGCACAGGUCAGAAGCUCUUGGAAGAAGAUGGCACAAUCAUAACGUUAUGACGGCGUCCUCAGUGUCAGCUGAGUGGGACGCCGCUGGGCGGGGCUUGCUCCUGUGGCCAAGCGCAGGCCUCCUUCCCUCCGAGCCAGCGAUGUGGAACAGGCAUGAGGAAAGUGCUGCUACAAGCCUCAGAUGUAGCUCGAUAACUGUUAGCUCGGACUUUGGAUCAGAGCGGGACUGGAGUCUCAAAGGGGUCUUGGCCAGUGCGGCAAAGUGCUUUUGCUGUUUGUGUACUCACACUCGGGGCUGGGCCGUCUCUGUUUAACCCGCUGUGCAGAGCCUGCUUGGUUUCCUCUUUCGCUGUGUUGUUCAGCUCCCAAUGUGAAGAGGUCUGACUGGCUACACUGGUGACCUCAGCUGUCACAUUCCCAAGAUCAUACAUUGAUUUUUCCUUCAUGUUGUCCCUCGUUGCUGAGUGUAACAUUUUCUCCAAUGCAUUGUUUGUUUGUUUCUGUUUCUAAUUUCUGAAAAGCGUCAGACUGGUUAGCCCUUUCUAGGGGUUGUUUUUUGUGCUACCCAUCUUUGAAGCCAUGUUCCUGCACUGUGAGGCUGACAGCUCUUCCGGCUGAUGUGUCUGUCCCGAGCUCUCAUGUGUACAGACCAUUGCAUGUGGAUGUGACCUCUGCUUCCGCAGCAGCGCCUUGCCGACGUCCCUGCUGACUGUGGGUGUGUGUUGUCGUUGUCAUGCAUUUAUACUCCUAAUGUAUUCAAGUGGUAUGAAGCGUUUUAGAUGAAGAAAUGCACCCAGAUGAAGUCAUUUUUACAUACCGGACAAACUUGUGCACUUUUUGUACAAAAAAAAAAAGUAGGAUUUUGUUCACAAGGUCUCUAGGAACACUGCCUAUACAUUAUAAAAAUUAUGUAGUGCUUGCCCGUGACAGGCAGAGCUUAUGACCAUUAAUUUUAUGAGGCUAUUUAUUGCUUCCUAACGCAUCCACUCAGAAGGAGUUCCGGGCGAGGCUUCUGUCCGCCCCGGCCUGCCGGCACAGAGCCCGCGGGCUGUCCCCUGCUCAGAGGCCCGUGCCCGGACGAGUGCUCCUGGCAGCUUCUGCAGGGUUAUUUAUUAAUCGUAGGCUAAAGCUAGCAUGGAUUCCUUUGUAAAAUGGUGUGCUAUGAAAACGAAGAUGCAAAUGACUCCGUUUUGAAGGAUGUUUCCUCUGGCAAAAUACAUGAAGAAGUAAAAUAUUGGUGAACUGCAGAUCUCUGACUCAGAAUACUCCGUGUGUUCUGUUUCUGUACCACUACAUGUAUUCUCGGUAAACCGCUCACUGCACAAGGUUAUGUAGCACAAAGCACCUGUUGUUGAAUUCACUCAAGUCCUUCCAUUUAUAAACCACCGUCCUUUACGGCAUUCCGGCAUUGAACAUUGUGAGUCUCACAUAUUUGACUCUGGAAUGGCAAAAUAAUGUUAGAUGUAGAAGAUUAAAUUUCAUUUAUAAUAUCAAUGGUGCAGGGGUUCAACAUUUUAAGUAAAAUCCUUUUACACACUACCUCUCUCUCUCUCUCUCUCUCUCUUUCUCUCUUUUUUUAAACCAAGUUUUAACACCAGAACCUUUCUCUUGGGGAAAAAUACUUCAGGGCUUGACUUUUGUACAAAUUUUAAUUGUAAAGUGCAGAUUUAUCUUGUUAUGUGUUCAUGAAAAUGGAGAUCGCAGCUGCUAGUGCAUUUUAUGUUAAGUAUGUGUCAUUGGUGUUUUCAACUAGAUCUUUGUCAUUUUUAUUGUUGGUGAAAUAAUGGAUUCUGAGACAUGCUGUAAAACCAACAGAUCCUGGUUACACAGUGCAACAGCGCACUGAUAGUCUGAAUCGGCUAUUUCAAAUGCACCUUAUCAACAAAAAUGUCAGUGGAUUUUAUAGUCCUACAUGUCAAGCCUGACUGUGAAUUCUGUUCUGUAUCUUAAGUAAAUUUAUGAUAAUGUUCUCAAAAUUGUCAACAAAAUACAUGUGUUCUUGUGAGCUAUGAAUUUUCUAAUUAAAUUUUACAUACUAUAACAUGAUUUUUACAUGAAUGAUACUUUGUUUAAACUAUCAAAUGUCAGUAUUUUACUACAGUUUUAUUACAAAAUGUACACUACCACUAAAUGAACUUUGAUUUUAAAAAUCAAAUUAGCUUUAGUUGUACAUUAUUUUUUACAAAUAAAGAUAGACUUGUAUAAAGGCUA